CGGACUGAAAAGAGAGUUCCUUAGAUGCUCUUCAUGUGUUCUUGUGCGCUUGCGCAGUAGUAAAAAACAUGGUAGAAGGGGUAGAAAAUCAGUAGUGGGGAGUCCGAAAGCAUUGAAGCAACUGAGGAACUCUUUUCUCAGUUCGACAAUACAUGCAGGCACGUUGUGUGAGACGUUGGGUGCGCAAUAUAAUUAAGAAAAUUCGUUUUGUCGGAAUUAAUAUUAUUUUUUUGUGCAACAAUGAAAUUCGCGUACAUAAAGUUAUUAAAAACUUUAGAAAAAAAAAUUGUUAAGACUAAAAAUAUAAUCGAUUUCGACACUUAUAUCGACAAUCCAUCAAACAAACAAAUGUAUUUGUUACACGAGAAAAAUCUAAAGAAAUCCUGUAGAAUAUUAUUAGUUGGAGAAACACAAGAGGAAUUGGAGAAUAUAAUUGCAGAAAAAAGAAUACCUGAUCCGAAAAUAAACGACUCCGAUAAAAUUGAAGAUAUUAUGGAUACAGAUGAUGAAACUGAUGAAACGUCAAAAAACGAUGAUGACGGUAAAAGUGAUAAAGACGAAGAGGAAGUGAUUAAGGUACAAAGAAAGAAGCUUGAGACAAAAAAAAAAGCAGUAAAACGGAAGAUGGCUGAGGCCAUUAUAGAUGCCCACGAAAAAGCCCGAGCUAGUACAAGUGCAGACACUGAAGAUGUAGUUGAAAUAAAUAACCCAGCCUCAACCAUAGAAGCACCAUCACACAACGUAGAACUACCACCGUACGACAUAGAAGAACCACCAUAUAACAUAGAAGAACCAGAACACAACAUAGAAAUACCACCUCACAACAUAGAAGAACCACCACUAAGAUUACUUUCACCGAACAACUUGAAUUUAAAUAAUGAGGCGAAUCUCACUGUAGGAACGAAAAGAUCAGGUCUCAUUUACUUGGGAGAGGGCGAGUGGGUCAGCCAAGUUGCUUAUAAUAAGGCAAAAAAUCAAGUCAAACCAAGUCUCUUCGUUACAAAAUUAGCUUAUGCCCUCUGGGGGCAAGAACAAUUGGCUAAUAGAUCUGUCGCUCACAUAGAGGGGAGAGAGAACCGUCCACUUCUCGAAGAAAAUAAAAAGUUAGUUGUAAUAAAUCAGUUUGAGAGGUAUCUUAGACACCGCGAUAAAAUGACACAAACUGUUGAAAUGAAGGAAGUAAAUGCUUACCUGGGACGAGCCAUUGGAGGCGCCAGAAAGACGAUAGCCAAAAAAAAACGUAAGGGUAGGAACAAUGAAAACGAUUCUGAUGAAAAUAAUUAAUACUAAUGCGUAAAUUCAAUUGAUGAUUUUAAAUAACUCAAUAAGCGAAAUGUCCAAGAUGCUUAUUCUUUCAUUAUAGUUUUGCCAUUAUGAUGAAAACAUUAAAAAAUGUAAAUUCUUUAUGAUGACAGGACUAUGAUGAAAACGUUGGAAUCUAGGACAUUUUGGCUAUUUGAAUUAUCGAAAAUCAUCAAUUCAAUUCGUCCAAAGAGUACAAGAGAUUAACAUUUUUUUUUUCAUUUAAUUUCUAUUGAAUAUUUCUUGAGAUAAAUGAUUGAUAAACCUACCUCUUUAAGGUAAUGACUGAUGUUAUGUUAAGUUGAACAUUAAUCAGUAUUUGCAAUAUGGUUACCCCGAUAUUGUAAAACCAUCACUAGUGGUUUCUUCUAAUCAUAGAUAUAAGCUAUAAAUAUUUUUUAUUACGAAAAGUUUUAUAAAAAAGUUAUUCUGUUUUAUUUAAUGUAAUUUUUUUGUUCUUACAAAUAAUGUACAGCAUAGAGAGAUUUAAAUGAUUUGCAUAGACUGAGAGUUUUAAUGAUCAAUGUUCAUUUCUCUAUAAAGUUUAGCAAUAAUUUACUUUAUAAUUGAUUUAAUGAUUUUUAAUACCUCAAUAGGCGAAAUGUCCAAGAUGCCUAUUCUUUUAACAUAGUUUUGCCAUUAUGAUGAAAACAUUAAAAAAUGUAAAUUCUUUAUGAUGACAGGACUAUGAUGAAAACGUUGGAAUCUAGGACAUUUUGGCUAUUUGAAUUAUCGAAAAUCAUCAAUUCAAUUCGUCCAAAGAGUACAAGAGAUUAACAUUUUUUUUUUCAUUUAAUUUCUAUUGAAUAUUUCUUGAGAUAAAUGAUUGAUAAACCUACCUCUUUAAGGUAAUGACUGAUGUUAUGUUAAGUUGAACAUUAAUCAGUAUUUGCAAUAUGGUUACCCCGAUAUUGUAAAACCAUCACUAGUGGUUUCUUCUAAUCAUAGAUAUAAGCUAUAAAUAUUUUUUAUUACGAAAAGUUUUAUAAAAAAGUUAUUCUGUUUUAUUUAAUGUAAUUUUUUUGUUCUUACAAAUAAUGUACAGCAUAGAGAGAUUUAAAUGAUUUGCAUAGACUGAGAGUUUUAAUGAUCAAUGUUCAUUUCUCUAUAAAGUUUAGCAAUAAUUUACUUUAUAAUUGAUUUAAUGAUUUUUAAUACUUCAAUAGGCGAAAUGUCCAAGAUGCCUAUUCUUUUAACAUAGUUUUGUCAUUAUGAUGAAAACAUUAAAAAAUGUAAAUUCUUUAUGAUGACAGGACUAUGAUGAAAACGUUGGAAUCUAGGACAUUUUGGCUAUUUAAAUUAUCGAAAAUCAUUCAUUUAAUUUAUUUAUGAAGUAUAUAAGAUUUUGGUUUCAUUUUUUAAUUCCUAUUGUAACUCUAUUGUAUUAUAUUCAUAAGAUACUUUAUAAUUUUAUAAUUUUGCAAUAAAUAUGUUUCUUUGAUGAA